UUAGCACAUUUGCGGUCAAGUUUUCCCCAAAACCCCCCAAAACCUUUCUGAACCAAAAUCCCCAUACCUUUUUGAAGCAAAAUCCCCAAACCCUUCAGCCAAAAUUUAACGACGGUGAACGACGACGACGGCUAGCAGUGAGCGACGACGGUGAAUGACGACGGCUAGUAGCGAGUGAGCAGCGAGUGACGACGGUGAGGAGCAAUCAGUCUCAAUCGUGCCUCUAUCACUUAGCGAGUGAUGACGACUGUAUGCCCUCUCUCUCUCUCUCUCUCAAAAGGGCGAAACAAAAUGAAAAACAACAAAACGCGAGGGAGAGAGAGAGAGAACAAUCUCCAAUAUAUUCGAAAUUUUUAUAAAAGAAAAAAACCUGAAACGAAUCAGGAAUGCAGAUUCAUUCCUCUCCGAAGUGCUCCAAAGACCAACAGAGCAUCUAUCAACAAUGGUUCAAUUACGUAGACAAAGGUUUGUCUCCAUAUCCAUAUAUUUUUGGGUGAAUUCUUAUUGUUUUUUUCACAAAUUGAACAUUUAAUUUGGACGGCGAUGGGCGCAUUACGGGAAACGACGCCAAGUUCUUUGCUAUGUCGAAUUUUCCUCGACAAGAUCUCAAGCAGGUUUCUCUGUGUGAGCAAUUGCAGAUUCCAAACGACAAGCUUUUCUUGGUUUCACAGGGUUCAUUGCUGCAAUGCAGCUAGUUUCUUUGGCACGAGGUGGACAUGCACCAACUAAUGAUAUCUUAAAUGGCGAAGACGAAGAAAAAGUGUGCAUCUAAAACAAGUGAUCCUGAACUGAAUGGUAGUUUGCCGCAAUCUUCAUCAGCUAAUUGGUUUACUUCUACAAAAUCUGCGAAGAAGGUGCCUAUAUCCUCUGUUACAUCAAUUGUUGAUGGCUUGAAGAAGUUGUACAUACAGAAAUUGAAGCCAUUGGAAGUUACAUAUCAGUUCAACGAUUUUGAGUCCCCUUUAUUGACAAACAGUGAUUUUGAUGCAAAACCUGUGGUUAUGCUGCUGGGUCAAUACUCCACGGGGAAAACAACAUUCAUUAAACAUUUACUGAAAAGUAGUUAUCCAGGAGCUCACAUUGAACCUGAGCCAACAACCGAUAGAUUUGUUGUUAUGAAUGGACCUGAUGAAAGAAGUAUUCCAGGGAACACUAUUGCUGUUCAAGCAGAUUUGCCAUUUAGCAGUCUGACAACAUUUGGAACUUCAUUUCUGUCAAAAUUUGAGUGUCCCCAAAUGCCACAUCCGCUGCUGGAGCACAUAACAUUUGUUGAUACUCCUGGAGUUUUAGCAGGAGAAAAGCAACAAACACAGAGAAGCUACGAUUUUACCGGUGUGGCAUCUUGGUUUGCUGCAAAGUUCGACCUCAUUCUACUACUGUUUGAUCCACAUCAACUUGACAUCAGUGAUGAAUUCAAACGCGUGAUUUCAUCUCUACGAGGUCAUGAUGACAAGAUAUGCGUGGUUUUGAACAAGUCAGAUCAAGUUGAUACCCAACAAAUAUUUCCCGAGUAGGAGUUUGCUUCUUGUGGAAUGCAUGCCUGUGAAGAAUGCGACUAA